ACUCAGGUUGUUUUUUUUAAACUUCUAAUGCUGGAUUGACGUCAACAAGAGGAUUAAUGGGUGAAAUACCGAGUCAUUUUAUACAUUUACAUAAUUAUUAAGCCUUUAAAAUUGGAAAUCGUUUGUGUCGGUUGAGGAUUUUGAUGAUAAGGUUUGGCUCUCGUCGACAUGCUAACGGCUAAAACCAUCCCCGUGCUACUGCUCCUCUGUGUGCACGCGGUAGAUGGCGCAGAGAAACGCUCGGAUACGCAGACCGUGUCCGGCAGUGUCGUGCUGAAGGAGGGAACCGAUGCACUGAUCGAGUGCAACGUGACGGGGGUCCCCAGUGAUGUCAGGUGGUACGGUCCUGGUGGACAUCUGCUGGUCGAGGUCCCAGGUGGUAAGUGGCUUAUCGAGGAGACGGGGGAACUCAACAUCACGGCCGUCUCCUUCGAGGACCGCGGCGGCUACACGUGUGUGACGGAGGGUGGCAACUACAGUGUGACCAUCCGCGUGGCCUACACCCACAGCGGUCUGGGCGUGUACUACGUGGGCGUGUGCUUGGCCGCCUUCUCCAUGACCAUGGUCCUCAACAUGGCGCUGCUGGGCAUGGUCCGAAGCCACCUGAAGAAGACGGAGCGGGCCAUCAACGACUUCUUCCGCACUGAGGGCGCCGAGAAGCUCCAGAAGGCCCUGGAGAUCGCCCGCCACAUCCCCAUCAUCACGUCGGCCAAGACGCUGGAGCUGGCUAAGGUCACGCAGUACAAGACCAAAGAGUUUGCGCGGCACAUGGAGGAGCUGGCCCGCAGCGUCCCGUUGCCACCGCUCUUACUCAACUGCCGCGCCGGCGGCGAGGAGGCGGGUGGCGGCGAGCCUGCAGAGAGUGGGAGGGAGGUACGUGACGACGGGGCGGCCGCAGCGGGGUUGAUGGCGGGGGGUGAGCGAGCAAGCGAGGAAGACCACGCGGAUGUGUCGGUUCACUCGGCGUGAAGAGGAGGAGGCUCUCGUCAACGAACUUUGAUUAACAAGCAUACAGUCGUGCCUUGAAAUGAAUAGAAAUGCAAUUAAUACAUUCCAGCGCAACCAAAAAAAAAACACUCACAACGAUAAGAAAAGUUGCACUUUUCGGUCAUUUUCCUGAUCAAAACAUACGGUAAUAAAAUGGCUAGAUUGAAUGUAAAGAAUUAAAGAGUUUGUGCAUCAUGGUAAUUCAAUGGGCAUUGUGCCGCUCCUUCUGGUGUGCACGCCUUGGCCAUGGGGGCAAAUUCAACCUCAAUUCCAAUGAAGUUGGGACGUUGUGUUAAACAUAAAUAAAAACAGACUACAAUGAUUUGCAAAUCAUGUUCAACCUAUAUUUAAUUGAAUACUCUACAAAGACAAGAUAUUUUAAUGUCCAAACUGAUCAACUUGAUUGUUUUUAGCAAAUAAUCAAUAACAUAGAACUUUUUGGCUGCAACACGUUCCAUAAAAGACCUGUAUCCCAUUGAAAAUGGGUGGCGCAUUAUGAAGCGUAAAAUGCGACAACGGAGACUGCGGACUGUUGGACAGCUGAAGCUGUACAUCAAGCAAGAAUGGGAAAGAAUUCCACCUACAAAGCUUCAACAAUGAGUGUCCUCCGUUCCCAAACGUUUAUUGAAUGUUGUUCAAAGAAAAGGUGAUGUAGCACAGCGGUAAACAUGACCCUGUCCCAUCUUUUUUGGAACGUGUUGCAGCCAUACAAUUCCAGGUUAAUGAUUAUUUGCUAAAAAAAACAAUUUGCAUUGAUUUGGAUUGUAUUCUGUUUUUAUUUAUGUUUAACACGUGCCAACUUCAUUGGAAUUGGGGUUGUAUGAUACUUGUGUUCAAAUUUAAGUUGAAAGGUUUAUAAUUACCUUGACAUCGGAGCUAGUUUCGUUAGCCCGCUUAUGGUGUUUUGUAUUGUGUGAUAGCAUCAAGCUAGCGGACCUACGUAAGUCAACGGUAAUGUGGUUUGAAUAAAUACACAGUUUGUAAUUGUCUUUGCUUUGUGUUCAGUUUUACAGGAAACUUGCACCAGGAGUGACAAAAAAAUGGCUCAAAGCCUCUUUUUUUUUUGAAGACGUGUUCACUACCUGUCAAACUGCUGUAUGUUGUGAAGUUCGCUGCUUCGAGCAAGAGCGCGUAACUCCAAAAGAUUGGGAGUUUUUCCUUAUAAAUAUACAACUUGUAGAGGGGAAAAAAUACUUCCUUAAAAAGUAAAUAAAAAAAUAAAAUGAAAAUAAAAAAGCUC